CCAGGUGUACAGGUGGUUUCCCAGGAUCCGAGAGCAUUUCGUGCAUUUCUGGUCCAAUUUAUAAUUUAAAAAAUUUUUAAAUGCAAUGAAGUUCGUCUUUUGUUACAUUCUAGUACAAAUUUUGUGUGUGUCAAGCCGAAUUGAAAAAACUGAUCUUGAUUCUCCAGAAAAUAUUAGUUUGUGGAGGAAUUUCAGAAGUUUACUUUCUCAAUUUAAUUCUCGGCCAGGAAGGAAGGAACAAAUUCUUCAAGAUGCACGAAAUGCUCAACGAGUACAAAAUCGGAUUCCGGAUAGUGUGCCAUUUCCUUGUGAUAUAAGGGGUGGAAGAUCUAAAAUUGUACCAAAUAGUGUCCACAAAUUGAGACCAGGGGACAUUGACGUAGUGGCGUCUUUAGGCGAUUCCUUAACUGCCGGAUUUGGAGCUUUCGCGACACAACUUAUGGGAUUAUUUAUCGAAAGUAGAGGUGUCAGCGCUACUGGAGGUGGUCAAGGAAAUUGGCGUGAAUUUCUAACGGUUCCCAAUAUUCUGAAGGAAUUCAAUCCAAAUCUGAUUGGCUAUGCUGUCUCGGAUUCGUAUUCGUUUCAACAGAAUGCUCAAUUUAAUAUAGCAGUAUCGGGUGCCCAGUCUGGUGAUAUACCUUUUAUGACUGAACGCUUGAUAGAGAGAAUCACAAAUGAUUCAAGAGUCGAUGUCGAAAAAGAUUGGAAAAUGAUAUCACUGAUGAUUGGUAAUAAUGAUUUUUGCUCUGAUAUGUGUUAUCUUCCAUCGCCAUGGUUGAUUUUGAAAAACCAUAGAGAGGACCUGCUAGACGCUUUAAGGACAAUUCGAGACAAUUUGCCCAGAACUCUAGUCAAUAUUAUUCCACCGCCUCAUUUGAAAAUACUUUUCGAUAUUAAAAACAAACCACCGAUUUGUGACAUAACUGUAGACUUUGAAUGUUCUUGUAUUUUUGGCUUAAGAUGGCGACACCAGCUUGCUGAAUUUUACGAAAUAAUGACGAGCUAUCAAUUUAUGGAAGAAGAAAUUGCACGAUACCCAGAAUUUCAAAAAAAUGAUUUUGCGGUCGUGGUUCAACCUUUCACCACCCACUUAACAUUUCCGAUUGCAAAGGAUGGCAAUUUUGAUCUCAGUUAUUUAUCAGCUGAUUGCUUUCAUAUUAGUCAAAAGGCAAACGCUAGAAGUGCCAAUGCGAUUUGGAAUAACAUGUUGUUACCACCUCAUCGAAAAAUACGAAACUGGGGAGAACUUUUCGCAGAUUUUGCGUGUCCUACCUCAAAAAGACCAUAUAUAGCGACGAUGCUGAAUAGUGGAAAAGCAACGUGGAACUGAUUAAAAUAAAUAAUCUAGAAUCUAGAAUAGUUUUAAACUAAGAGGUUUUUUUCAGUGUAAGUUACAAGAUAUGUCACAUUGAGGCUGAACAAACUAAAAAAACAUAACUUUUUAUUCAAUAGCAGAGUCCUAUUCUAUCAGAUUUUCUGACUGGUUAGGCUAAUCUGUGGUGCCACGGAAAUGUUGAGACCAAAAACUAAAAAAUCCAUACGGGUUCUUUUCGAAAAUGUCAUUUUUAUAUUUAAAAUAUUAUUAUAGAAAAAUUAUAAUUUUGAUUUUUUAUUUUGUUAAUAUUCUAAAUCUAGGAUGUUAAUAGAAAGGAUAAAUUUUCAGAAAUUUAUAAUUGAUUGGACUAUAUAUUUAACAACAUGUCCUUUAUGAUACUAAAAAAAAUCAUUGAAAAUUAUGGACCUUUAAUUUUAUUUUUGUUUGUUAUUUGUCUUACAGCGUCUAUGGGAUUAUAGACCACCCUAAUUAGUGAAAAAUUCUAGAAACAAGGACAUUCAAUUCAAUUUGUGGAAUUUUUUUGAGUUUCAAAUAUUUUGAAAAUAAAAAUCGAGUUUUUUUUAAAAAAGGGCCUUAAGCGAUUCUUUGUUUCUAGGCCUUAAUAUAUUUUCAGGCUUACAGGCAACCAUAACACAGGUCCACAAAAUGGUUUUGGGAGUCUACUGGGAUUCUAAUAGGUAUAAUUUAUGUUUUUGGGGUCGCUGAACACGAAUCCAUUCGCAGGAUUGAGCCAGAACAUCAAGAUUUGCAUUAAAAUUCAAAAAAUAGUUAAAAACUUGAAAUUUCUGCAAAAAUUUCAUCCCCAAACCUACAAAUCCAAAAUUAACAAGCCUCAAACCCACAAACUAACAAGCCCCAUACCCACAAACCCCAAACCAACAAGCCCAAGACCCACAAUCUCCAUAUCAGCAAACCUGCAAACCUCAAACCAACAAGCUCCUAAUCCUCAAGUUACAAUCCCACAAACUCCUAAUACACAAGCUCAAUAUUCACAAACCUACUAACCUCAAAGCCACAAACUCCAACUGCCAAACCAACAAGCCCCAAACCCAUAAGAUCCAUAUCAACAAACCCACAAACCCCAAACCAACAAGCUCCAAACACAUAAAAUCCAAAUACACAAGCUUCAAACUCACAAAGCUACGAACCCCAAACAAACAAACCUACAAACCACAAGCGCUAAACCCACAAGCUCCAUAUCAACAAACCCACAAACCGUAAACCAACAAGCUCUAAACCCACAAACUCUAAAUACACAAGCUCAAUAUCCACAAACCUACAAACCCCAAAUCUCACAUCUUACAAUAUCCAUUGAGAAAUUGGUAUAAUUUGGGGUUGGUGGGUUUGGUGUUUGUUAGUUUGGGGUUUGUGGGUUCGGGGUUCGUGGGUUUAUGAUUGUUGGUUUGAGGUUUGUACGUUUGUCAAUAUGAAGCUUGUGGGAUUGGGGUUUGUGGCUUUAAGGUUUGUGGGUUUGUGGGUUUAGGGUUUGUGGGUUUGUAGUUUUGUGGGUAUGGAGCUUGUAGAUUUGGGAUUUAUGCAUUUGGGUUUCAUGGGUUUGGGAUUGUUUUUUUGGGGUUUGUAGGGCUUGUGAAUAUGGAGCAUGUAGGAGUUUGUGGGUUUAGAGCUUGUGGGUUUGGAGCUUUUUAGUUUAGGGUUUCUGGAUUUUUUUAUAUGAAGCUUGUGGGUUUGGGGAUUGUUGGUUUAGGAUUUGGGGUUUGUGGGUUUGGAGCUUGUUAUUUUGUGGGUUUGAAUUAUUUUUGUCUUAAGAAGUCCCUCGGAUUAUUUAUUAAAUUUCAUUUAGCCUCACUGUGACGUUUUAUUAAGACACAACUUUUAUCUAAUUUUUCUUAUUUUUAUUUUUUAAUUCAAACAGGAUGGUCAUUUUAAUAGAGGAAAAAAAAAUCUUGGCUAUUUCCCUGUUUUUGCCAAGUUUGCAAAAAAUUUGCAUUCAUUGAAUUUAAAAAAUUCGCCCUCAGAAAACUAAAAAUUUUUGCAUUUGAAGUAUUCAAAACUGAAUUGCAAACAAAAUAACUCGAAGUGGAUCUCUUUUGAACUUUAAAAAGUUACAAAUUGAACAGUUCAAAAAUUUCUGGAUAAAUAAAAUAAAUCCAUGCUACAUUAUUUCCAAUAAUCUCGAUUGCGAAAUUAAUAAAAGUUUGUAUAUUUUCAGUUUUAUAAUUUUAAGCGAAUUUAAGUUGAAAAACUAAAAAAUUAAAUGAUUUAAUUUUAAGUUGUUUCAAAUAGAUAAUUGUUCAAUAGAAAGUAAUACAUUAAUUAAAAUUCAGCACAUUCAAUUAUAA